GCACGUCCGACGGCGCCGCCGGCUCACGAGGGGUGCCCGAGACGCGCAGCCCGCCGGCCGCCCACACCGGGCCCAGCUCGGCGGCGCCCGCGGGCGCUGCGCGCUGCACCCUCGGCGCCGCCGCCGCGCUGCUGGCGGCCCUGUCGGUCUCCCGAGCAAGGGCCUCCGGGAGGCCCCGGCAGCGCGGCCAGGUGGCCGCGGCUCCCGCGCCCACGGAGGAGCGGCCGGCGGAGGCGGAGGCAGCCGCCGGCGAGGGCAGCGGGCAGCCGGGGGCCCAGGCACAGCCGGUCGUGACGGCCGGCGGCGCGGUUUCGCUCAGCCAGGGCUCGUUCCCAGGCAGCCUGCAGAGGAUGUGGACCAAGAACGAUUUCGUCCACGUGCACGCGAUCUCAGGCGCUGCGCACACGCUGAUCGGCUUCGUCUACCUCGUGGACGUUGUUGCGGGCCACCUGGCUCGCAUGAGCGGAGCGGCCUGGACCGACCACGUGUCGUUCGAUGCGGUCCUGUGGUCCAUGGUCUUCGGCGCUGUGAACGCGCUGUCGGGCAUGCAGCCAUCGCUGAUCCCAGGGAGGGUCAGAGACCUGCCGCAGCUGUUCGGCUUCGGCGAGGACGGGAACCUCAAGGCUGCUGGCUUCUUGAACACGUGCAGCUUCUAUUUCUUCCUGACUUACCAGAGCGUGCGCGGGCUUCCCGAGUACCCCACGUGGCUCAUGCCUUUCGACCCACUGUUCGCUCUGUUCACAAUAGCCUUCUUGAUGCACGCCAUUUUCAUUAUCAACAGUUGGGUGGGGAAGGGCCUCAGUCAGGGCUUGGCGAUCGGCAUCUGCGCUCCGCUCAUGCUCAACAUGCCAGUAUCGCUGCACCUGCUCUUCGAGGGCCAGUCGUGGAUUGCUGCGAUCACCGCUGCGUACCCUGAAUGGUCGCAGCUCUUCUUCGUAGCAAAUUACUGCUUGGCGUGGGCCGGCUCCGUCGCUGCCUUUGUGUUGUCACUGUACGAGCGGCGAGUCAUCGACCUCACCCAGCGGCUCAUCAUCUUCCUGCUCAUCGGGCUCUUCUUCUUCGUCCUGAUCCCUCUGGAGGCAUACCAGGACGUGCCGUCAUGGUUCAACGGCGAGUGGCAGGUGAUGCUGACGCUGAUACCACCGGCACCUCUAGCGGCGUGA